ACAGGGAGAGAGUGAGAGAGAAAGAGAGAUAGAGAGAGAGAGAGAGGAACGCACGGGGUAACACAGUGAGUGGGAGAGAAGAACAGCAGAGAAAGUGAAGGAAGGAGAAAGCAAGACAAACGAGAGAAGAGGAUUUAUUUAGGAGCCGUUGCUUCUUUUUCGGGGUGAAAUCUCUCUUGAGUUGCGGGCGAAGCAGCAGCAGCAGCAGCAGCUGGUGUUGAAGACGGUGAUUCCACUCCCGCUCUGUCGGCUGGAGAGGAGUCACUCUGCUCUCUCUCUCUCUCUCUCUCCGCUCUACACAGUCGGAUCCAGGCGGGCGGGCUUGCUGGAGAUGGCGUCGCCCACGGAGCAGACCAUCACCGCCACCGUCGCCGCGAUCACCCCACCACCCGUGACGCCAAGACCUGAGGGCAGCAAUCAGUACCCCCUUCCCUAGAGGCCCCCACUUUCAUCCCACCCACCACAAUCCCUCUCUCCCCUUCUGUUUUUCAUUUUUCACUCACUCCCCCUCUCCCUGGAAAAAGCAAAAAAAAAAAAAAAAACCUGCCCCAAAACAAAUCAAGGUUUUUUUUUUCCCUGUCACCCUGCACGUUGACUUGUGGAGCUCUAUCUGUCUCUUUCUCUGUCGGGUUGCGAUCAUGAGGAACUCUCUGAGGCAGCCAGGCCUGGUGCUCCUGCUGGUCACCUGCCCCCUGCUGGCUGUGCUGCAGGGCGUCACCAGCAAGGCGGAGAGCGGCCACCUCGGGGACACCGACCCUGACCGCUGCAUGAGGCACCACUUUGUGGAGACCAUCACCCACCCCAUCUACAAGUGCAACUCCAAGAUGGUACUGCUGGCGCGCUGCGAGGGUCACUGCAGCCACACGUCGCGUUCGGACCCUCUCAUCUCCUUCAGCUCGGUGCUCAAGCAGCCCUUCAAGAGCACCUGCUUCUGCUGCCGGCCACACACCUCCAAGCUGAAGGCUGUCCGGCUGCGAUGCUCCGGAGGCACGCGCAUUACCGCCACCUACCGCUACAUCCUGGCCUGCAGCUGCGAGGAGUGCAGCUGAACAACAACCACACACACACACACACACACACACACACACACACACACACACACACAAACAUACACACGUAUACAGUUGGGAUUCUGCCGUAACACACUAUUGACCAUUUCCAUCCCUAGUAAACACCACCUGCUUUGGACUCUUUGAGAAGCUGUACCUGAAUCGCAUGACGCUUUGAAAGUCCCACCACAUUCUUCACUGGCCAGUCUCCACUGUAAGUGUACAACAGCAAGAGAAAACAAAAUAGAGAACUGAGCACACAAACACACACAAACACACACACACACACACAUAUACAGAGUCUCCCUGCUACCAUUCCUGUGAGUGCCUCAACGUGUAACAAAUCUAGAGCAUUGCAGAAGAACUUACAUCUGAAUCUGUGUAUAACGAAAACCGUCCACAAUAACCCUAGGGGGGAUGUCCUCUCCACUCAUCUGCUUCUGAGCAUCCCAGUGAAUAGCCUUUGCCAACCCACAAUCCCUAAACAUGUUUCCAUGUUUCACCAUAAGUCCUGUCCAGCAAUGGGGACAAGAGGUCCGACUCAAAGGAGGAGAAGGAGACUACAAUCAACUACGGCAACUACAAUCUCCGCACCACGAUCACAAUUCUCCAUAACUGCUUAACCAAAACUGCAGGGGGUACAUCUGAAUCCAGUCAGCGCAGAACCAGUCUGGCAUUAGGAUCAUGCUCAGUUCCCAUCCCAAAACAACAACACUCCAGCCUGGCAUUAGGAUCAUGCUCAGUUCCCAUCCCAAAACAACAACACUCCAGCCUGGCAUUAGGACCAUGCUCAGUUCCAAUCCCAAAACAACAACACUCUUACAACUGUCCAACUACAACAGGACAAAUUCAGCCUGGACCGCUUUCUUUCUUUCUUUUUUUGUGUUUUUUUUUUUCGUUCCUCUGUGCGUUUAUUUUCACCGCUGUACAUCAUAGAGUGAGAAAAGCUAGUUUCACGACUCAUUAGAGAUGGAAACAUGGAUGGGGAUGUUGCCAGACCUCGUAAAAGGAGAAGAACGCAAACCACAAACUUAAAAAAAAGGUUUAGAAGUACACACACACACACACACAUACACAUACACACACACACACACACAUGCAAUAAUUAAUGCGUGAAGAAAUGUGCUGAUGAGAUGUAUGGAAUAGUCUGUGUGCACCUGUGCACUCCAUCGCAUUCAAGCUCCUUUGAUCCCUGUGUGAGAGCGCCUGAGAGAGAGACAAAGAGACAGAGCGAAAAGAAAGAGUAAAGAAAGAGGGAGCGAAGAGGAGAGAGAAAGAGAGAGAGUGAGUGAAACUGGCAAAAGAACCGCAUAGUGGUGGGCCCCAGGCAAACUGCACUUGUCAGGUCCGCGGCCGGCCUCUGCCUCUCCCAGCUGGAGCCGUCCCAGGGCACUCCGCAGAGCGUCCAGCCGGCCGAGCAGGCCGACCAGCCCCUGAUGUGGUGACACCGCUUUGGCCACUCGCCACUCCAGCUGCGCUGCUCGGGCACUGCGGCCCAGAAGUGUGUGUGUAUGUGUGUGUGUGCGUGUGUGUGUUCCGGGAAGUUUUGUACUGACUGACUAACUGGCUCUAGACUUAAAGGAUUUGGGGAUUUUUUUCCACCUUGAAUGUUCAAAUCAAUUAUCCACAAUUACUGCCUUGACUCAAGUUAUCACCAGUGCUGUUGUUGUUUUUAAUAUGGUUAUUCUUUAUUAAUUAUAGUUAUUAUUGUUAUUAUUACCAGUGUCACUUUUUGUUAUUAUUGUAAUUAUUGUUUCUUUACUUAUGGGAAGAUUUCAGUGCUUUAGCCUAGAGAUUUUUUUCCAAUCCCUGCAUGGACUAAGUCUAUUCAACUUGAUCAGUCAUAUGAUAAUCGUCACCAUCACCAUUAUAGUCAUAACCAUCCUCAUCCACAUCUUUGCCAACG